AUGCAGGGCCGACGGCCGAAGCAGGAGGAUCGACACGUGAAGAUUCCUGACCUGACAAAGGCUGCGAAGGCGCUGAAGAUGCCGAUCAAUCACCUUCCGCAGCCUUGCGCAUUCUUCUCCGUUUACGACGGACACCAGGGCCACCAGUGCGCCGAGUUCGUCGCAAAGGGCUUCCAUGUGAAGCUGCUGAAGCGGUUGUCAUCUGACACGAACACUGCGUCCUGGGACGAGACGCGGAUUAGUGAUGCCUUGAGGGAAGUCUGCGAGGAGUUGGAUACAGAAUUUCUGGCAAAGUUCCGGACCUCGCCAGAUGGAACCACGCUCGUCGUGGCGCUCAUCGUCGGAACCAAGCUUUUCACGGCUUGGGUGGGAGACUCGAGGCUCGUGCUUUGUCAGAGGUCGCAGCUUCAACAGGUGCUGGCGAAAUCCCUCACGGAGGAUCAUCGGCCGAACUUAGAGGCUGAGGCUCAGAGGGUCAAAGAUGCUGGUGGCCUCGUCUUGGACUUCGGGAUGGGCGUGUACAGAGUCGCUCACGACGGCUACGAGGAGAAGAUGCGGGAAAUCCGGCGACAGCAAGUGCUCGGCAUGGGGUUUGCCGGGAAGGAGCCGGUGGCAUUGGCCGUGUCUCGAGCCAUUGGCGACCGUGACUUCAAGGCAGUGACGGGCAAGGGGCUCCUCGUGGCCACGCCCGACGUCAGGUGUGUUGAGCUGGAUAGGACACACAUGUUCAUGGCGCUGAUGUGCGAUGGCAUCACAGACGUCAUGCAAGACGAUGAGAUCUGCGCAGAGCUGGAGAUGCGCAGACCGGGCCCUCCCGAUCCGGUGAAGCGCUGUCGAAUAGCGUGCGGCGCACUGGUGCAGGAAGCCUACAAACGUGGCAGUGAGGACAACCUGACGGUCAUCUUUGUGCGAUUCCAGUGGCAAGGUGGUUACGAAGAGGCGCCACUGCCUGCGGACCACCCGUUGGCCAAGGCCAUGAUCGAGGCCGCUUCCAAAGGCGUGUCAGCCGCUGCCGCCUCCAAAAAGAGGCGUCAAGAAGCCGCUGCGUCGGUGAAGCGGCAGAAGGUGGAUGCCUACGAGCGCGCCAUUGCGCAGCAAAGCAAAGAGGCUUCCGAAGCAAACGGUGCCAAGGCCAAGGAGGAAGCCAAGGCCGCGGAAGCGACACCAGCGCCCAAAACGGAGGAAAAGGAAGAGAAGGAUGCAAAGGCCGCAGAAGAAGACGAGGACGAAGGUUUGACCUUCUUACCUGUUGUGUCUAUAGUACUUGCCCGAAAGGUGGCAUUGUCCCAGGCCUUGAAACCUGGUUGCGGGCACAUGGCUCUUCAAGAGGCCAUGCAGAUGUACAGGCACACCUUGAGAGCUUCCCGGGCCUUCACGGAUUACAAUUUUCGACACUAUUUCGCGAGACGGGCACGAGAAGACUUCCGUGCUCUGUUUGGCCGACAGAGCCAGGUGGACGAGCCCCGGCGACAGGCGUUUCUGGACCAAGCCAAGACCAAUUUGGAGAUGCUGAAAAGGCAAAGUGUCAUUAGCCAGAUGUACACUGCAACACCCCCGACAACCAAGAGAUGA